ACUCCCCCCCCCCCCUUCUCCCACUCGGCCGGACACUCCACCUGAUGGCCGGUGGUAGCGCGUUCCGGCCGUCCGCGCCGCGCCGCGCGGCAUUCGCGGCGCUGCUCACGCUGCUCCUCCUCGCCUCCCUCUCCUUCCUCCUCUCCUCCGCGCCCGCCUCGUCCCGCGCCUCCGCCUCGCCGCCGUCCUCCCGCCUCGCCGCAGUCCGCCGCCACGCCGCGGAUCACGCAGCCGUCCUCGCAGCGUACGCCGCGCACGCGCGGAAGCUCAAGGAGGCCUCCGCAGUGCAGUCUCUCUCGUUCUCGUCCCUCUCCUCCGACCUCUCCGCGCUGUCCUCCCGCCUCGCCUCCCACCUCUCCCUCCCCGAGGACGCGCUCAAGCCCCUCGAGAAGGAGGCCCGCGAGCGCAUCAAGCUCGCCCGCGCCCUCGCUGCCGACGCCAAGGAGGGCUUCGACACGCAGUCCAAGAUCCAGAAGCUCUCUGACACCGUCUUCGCCGUCGGCGAGCAGCUCGCGCGCGCGCGCCGCGUCGGGCGCAUGUCCUCUCGCAUCGCCGCGGACUCCACGCCCAAGUCCCUCCACUGCCUCGCCAUGCGCCUCCUCGAGGCCCGCCUCGCCAACCCCUCCGCCUUUGCCGACGACGCCGACCCGUCCCCCAUGUUCGACGACCCUUCGCUGUACCACUACGCCGUCUUCUCCGACAAUGUGCUCGCCGUCUCCGUCGUGGUGGCAUCGGGUGCGCGCGCCGCGGCCGAUCCCUCGCGCCAUGUCUUCCACGUGGUCACAGCGCCCAUGUACCUGCCUGCCUUCCGCGUCUGGUUCGCGCGCCGCCCGCCGCCGCUCGGCGUGCACGUCCAGCUCCUUGCCUACUCCGACUUCCCGUUCCUCAACGCCACCAACUCGGCGGUGAUCAGGCAGAUCGAGGCUGGUACGAGGGACGUCGCGUUGCUGGAUUACCUGAGGUUCUACCUCCCGGAUAUGUUCCCGGCGCUGCGGAGGGUGGUGCUUUUGGAGGACGAUGUGGUGGUGCAGAAGGAUUUAGCGGCGCUUUGGCAGGUCGACUUGGAUGGGAAGGUGAAUGGCGCCGUGGAGAUGUGCUUCGGGGGAUUCAGGAGGUACAGGAAGUAUCUCAACUUCACACAGGCCAUAGUGCGGGAACGGUUCAAUCCCGGUGCCUGUGCAUGGGCAUACGGGCUAAAUGUGUUUGAUCUCCAGGCAUGGCGGCGGGAUGGCUGCACAGAAUUGUUCCAUCAGUACAUGGAAAUGAAUGAGGAUGGCGCGCUGUGGGAUCCAACAUCUGUUCUAACAGCUGGCCUGAUGGCAUUUUAUGGCAAUACCAAGCCACUGGACAAGUCAUGGCAUGUGAUGGGCCUUGGCUAUAAUCCAAGCAUCAGCCCUGAGGCAAUCCGUAGUGCUGCAGUGAUACACUUUGAUGGGAACAUGAAACCGUGGCUUGAUGUCGCUUUGAACCAAUACAAGGCUCUGUGGACCAAGUAUGUGGACACUGAAAUGGAAUUCCUAACACUAUGUAACUUUGGUCUUUAAAGGAAUUCAAGAGAUUCUCCGAGAAUAAGGAAACCACUGACACACUGUUAUUUUUUCGGGGCAAAAGAGCCUAGAUCGCUACACAAGUGAUAUCUAUGUUAUCCGUAGCAAAGUUACUCUGUAGGAAGUUCACAUCUUUGUGUUGGGUAACAAUGUUCUUGUAGAUUUUGUAGCUUGUUUCUGAUAGUAUUUGUUUUGUCAGCUAAGAUGUACUGGAUUAUUGGGGCAUAGAGAAUGAGUAAUCCACUGGGAAGAAAUUAAUUAUAGAUGACCAUUCCUGUAUUAUCAAAUAACAAGCAUAUAUCCAAUUGUAUUUAUAAGGGAAAAUGUUACUGGGUCCAGGUUGGCGUUUCA